CCAAGGAAUUCCAAGCGAUAAACAUGAGGCUAGACGCAAUAUUUACUUUUGUAAUUUUAAUAGCACAAUCUAAGGAAACAAGUCUUAAACAGAAACAGGAAAAGGAGCAGAAAAUUCGCUAUGACAACUACAGAGUCUUUAAGAUUAAGUAUGAAAGCCUUCAGCAACGUCAGCUGCUGCUUGAGCUGACAAAACAAUAUCAUAGUUUCAGAUUGUGGAAUGAGAACAAUAAUGAGCUGCAUUUAAUGGUAAAACCAGAUGCCUUGCCACAAUUUGAAAGACAAUUAAAAAGAGCCAAUGCAAGUGCUGACAACUUCAUUUCAAAUGUACAGCACUUGAUUGACUUGGAGCAUGAGGCAACUACAAAAUCGUCACCCAUAUUUGGUUGGACGCGUUAUAAUAACUUGGCUGAAAUAGAGAAUUGGUUGGACGAAAUACUCUCUGCAUAUCCAAAUGUUACAGAAAGUUUUGUCAUAGGUGAGUCCUAUGAGGGACGCAAGAUACGAGGCGUACGCAUCUCGUAUAAAUCAGGUAAUCCAGGUGUGUUUAUCGAAUCUAAUAUUCAUGCACGCGAAUGGAUAACUUCAGCCACGGCCACCUGGCUGAUCAACGAACUGCUCAGCUCUGGGGAUGAUUUGGUGCGAGGGUUGACCGAAUCCCAUGACUGGUACAUUGUGCCAGUGCUAAACGUGGAUGGAUUUGUCUACAGUCACCAAAAGGAUCGUCUGUGGCGUAAGACGCGUCAACCAUCGAAUAUUUCGAGCUGCAUUGGAGCUGAUCCUAAUCGGAACUACGAUGCCCAUUGGCUAGAGAAUGGAGGCGCCUCGACGAAUCCCUGUGCUGAGGACUAUGCUGGGCCGCAUGCAUUCUCCGAACCAGAGAUAAAAGCUAUGUCGGAAUAUGUUUGUGGCAUUAGGGAUAAACUGAAUGUGAUGCUGGCCUUUCACUCGUACGGUCAACUUUUGCUAUCACCUUAUGGACACACUAAAUUUGAGUUUCCGUAUAAUUAUGAUGAUCUAAUGCAAGUGGCAAAGGCUUUUGGGGAUGCAAUCGAGGGACUGCCUUAUGGCGCUGUCUACAAAUACGGUUCUGCAGCGGGUAUUCUUUAUCCCGCAUCUGGUGCCACAAACGAUUGGGCAUUUAGUCAAGAUAUUAAAAUAUCUUAUACUAUUGAAUUUCGUGAUACGGGCAAUUUUGGAUUUGUGUUGCCACCGGCUUAUAUAUUACCUAAUGCAGAGGAGGCCUUAGUUGGCAUUAUUGCCCUGCUCGCAGAAGCUAAAAAAUUGGGAUAUUUGCAACUUAAGUAUGACCCAUAACUAAAAUCACAAUAGAUUACGUCGAUUUACACUUAAAUAUGUUUAAAAGAAACAAAAUUAACUAAAUAAAAUUCACAAAAGGUUUUGUAAGUGUAUCUGUUACCCAU